AUGACAGGAUCCCAGUUCAGGAACAUCUCACCUAGAGGCGACCCAUCAUCAGAAGAAGACGAGGGCGUCAAGACGGUCGAGUACUUUUACAUGGAUGCAUCAGCUUCAUUGCUUCAACGGCGACCCAAUUCUCCUUCUCCUGAAUUUCAGCUCAGAGUUCGUAAACAGUCCAAGAGUCAAAGACCAGCGUCAGCUAACGGCUUAACAUCAAAGAUGGUCACCAAAGUUACCAAACUCAUAACGCUGAUGGCGAAUCUCUCCAUCUGCUCCGCCGCCUGUCUGAGCAGCGAGAUCCAUCGCAUUCAAAGCCCGAGGCAUCAACUUUUCUACUCCCCGCCCUACGCCCCCCCUUCCAUUCACAAUGCGCCCCGCCUCCUCGUCAUCGGCGACGUCCAUGGCAUGCGCCACGAGCUGGAAGAACUACUAGAGAAGGCCGAAUACUCCCCCACGCGCGGCGACCGCGUCAUCCUAGCCGGCGACCUGAUCAACAAAGGCCCCGACAGCACCGGCGUCCUCGAGCUCGCCAUGCAAAUCAACGCCACGGCCGUCCGCGGCAACCACGAGGACAGGGUGCUGCGAGCGUGGGCCGGCGCCGAGGUGGCUCGGACCCUCGCCGAGGCCAACGGCGAGGACGGCGACGCCGCCGUCUCCGACUACGAGAGCCGCCUGAACGCGAACGAGCUGGAGGCCCUCCGGACGGCGUGGACUUUGACCCCCGAGCAGCGCGCCUGGUCUGCUGCGCUGCCCCUGACGCUCCGCCUCGGCGACCUGCCCGGGCUGGGCGAGGCGGCUGUGGUCCACGCGGGGAUGGCGCCCGGCGUGGCGGUCGAGGAACAGGAUCCGUGGGCCAUGUACACCGUCCGUUCGGUUCUUCGCAUGGAUGAGAACGGCGGCUUCGUGAGCGACAAAGAAGGAGCUGCGUUCGAGCAGGCCCUUCGCACGAAGCUGCGGGAUAUGAGGCCCGGUACAGAGCCUUCCGAUGAGCGAAUCGCUGCUGAGAGAGAGAAGGCACUCGAGAUACAUGCUGGUCGCACGGGCGGCAGUUUCGUCCCCACGGAUACGAAUGACGGCCAGUGGUGGGUCGAGGUCUGGAACGAGGUUCAAAAGGCAAAGCCCGAGGGCGAAACGCUUACCCUCUUCUAUGGCCAUGAUUCUAGGCGGGGCAUCAACAUCUGGGACUACUCGUUUGGUCUUGACAGCAGGUGUGUCGACGGUGGGAAGCUGACGGCUCUGGUGCUUGAGCCCGAUGAGAGCAGCGUUUGCGGGUCGUCAUUGAAUCCCGCAAAUCAGCAGAACCAAUGAACAGAGUUGUGCGGGUCGCCUAUGCGGACGGAGCUGCUAUCUAUGAGCGGGAGCCCGAAGGGACUCGGGGGCCGGCACUCGGGAGUCGGGAGUCGGGACGGACCUGACGAAAUACCGACGGAAGCCGAUCGCCCACCAUCUCGUCCGUUACAGCGUCAUGUAAGCUGCCGUCAAACGGGCCGAUUGGCGCGUCACGCGGGGUCAUGCUCGUCUGUCCUUCGGGGAGCUAUGUCACCGGUGCUGAUGUGUCGGUGGACGCUGGCCUGUCUGUUCUGUUUUUUAGUUGUCUUUGGGGACUGCACAAUUAUUUCCCUUCUGUCCCCGAUUCCCUUCACAUCCCUUGUAUGCAUAUACUUGCUCCAGGCAGGAUUUCGUCAACUGUUCUUUUGGUUUAGUCUAACAAGCCUGUUCAAGGACAGCCAGCUAAGCGCCACGCUAUAUCUGCUGUAAAACAAAG